GGAAGAAAAUGGCCGCAGAUGUUUUUGUUGACAAAAUCGCUAGAAUAUACCAAUAAAGAUGGAAGAAGAGCAAAGAAAGAAGAAAUUAGAAGCAGGAAAAGAGAAGUUGGCUGCAUUCCGGAAGAAGAAAGCUAAGAAGAGACGGAAGCCAACUGAUGAUGAUGCGAGCAGCCAGCGAAGCGGCAGCCACGCUGACGCGUCAUCGUGUAGUGAUGUGCAGUCCCUCACAGGAGAUAGUGACCAGAGUUCUGUGGUCAGCUACAGUGGGGAGGAGUGGUCAGCAGAGGAGGCGGACCUGCACUCCUCCGUGUACUACCAGACGAAGCUGGUGGACGCCACACGACGAGUUGCUGAGCUGGAGGAGAUGAUUGAAGGGAAGCAGCUAGCCCUGGACAAGGUGUUGCAGGAGAACGACCUGCUCCGACAGCAACCCAAACAACAGCAAAAGACUGAAACUGUUGAUAGUGAAAACAACAUAGCAGAAGGCAAAGUGGUCGUGGCUGAAAUGAGGAUCCAUUCUGGAGAUUUGCAUUCAGCAUUGGCACAGAGGGACCUCAUCAUUCAACAGCUGACCUCACGACUCAAAGCAACAGCCGAGAAAUCUGCCCAAGACUACACGCAAGAGACACAAACACUAGCCCACCAGGUGUCUCUGCUCCAGCAACAACUCCAGCAGGCUGGUGAAACCCUGCGGGGCCAGCUCACCCAGCACAAUGUAUCUGCACAAGCCUUGCAGGAAGCUAAAGCUGAGAUCCUGGCGCUGCAAACCCUCCUUCAGGAGAAGGAACACGUCCUCGCCCAGCUCAGUCAGGACUUACUCAACCAGAAGGAAGAUCCACACAGACUUGAGCAGAGAGAGAAGGAACUGGAAUCAUCUGUCCAUGGAUAUGAAGCAAAGACCAAGGAACUGGAAGCUUCAGUUAGUCAGUAUGAAAUAAGGAUACGGGAGCUUGUUGAAAGGUACGAAUUGAGGGAGAAAGAGUUGGUUCUGUGUGUGCAGCAACAUGAGGUCAGGGAGAAAGAGCUGGAGGUGUUUGUGCAGCAGUAUGCGAGCAAAGAAGCAACUCUACAGGAGAACAUCAGCAGACUUGAAACACAGCUGGAGACAGCAGUUAGUGACAAGCAAGCUGUUAUUGCCUCCCUGGAAUCUGUUGAUCAGAAUGAGCAGCAUAAGAUUGCUGUGUUGACACUACAGAUGCAAAACCUGAACCAAGAAAAGGAGGAGGUUGUUUCUGAGUUGGAUCAGGUGAAGACAAGGAAUGUUGAGCUUGAGGAGCUCUGUAAGCAGCUGGAGGAGUUACAGGAGGAAUGUUUAUUGAAACAGUCAGAGAAUGAUGAACUGAGGAACCGGAUCAAUGACCAGCAGGGUGAAACUCUUGCUCUCAAAUCUCAGGUAGAGGUACUGCUCCAGGAUGGGGAACAGAGCAGCCAAGAACUGGAUGUGCUUCGGGAUCUCCUGGAGAACAAGGAACAGGAUCAGGAGAUUGAACUACAAAGGAAGAACACUUUCAUUCUGCAGUUAGAGACAGAUAUUAAGAAACUGCAGGAUGAAAACAGCACAUAUGUGUCCAGUAUUGAAUCUCUGAAUUCACAGAUAUUGUCGAUGCAGGCAGAUCUUACUGCAUCAGUGACUGAGAGCAAAUCAUUUAAGACUUUAGCAGAUAGGUUCAAAAGUGAGUUGAUAAAAGCUGGGAAGGAUCCUGAAAGUGUUUCUGGAGAUAAUGUGGAUGGAGAUAGGGAUGAUGAUGAUGUAGAUGGGUCUGAUGUAUUUGCUGUUGAGUCUGAACUGGAAGUAAGAAGAAUCUCUGCAAAUGUUCAGACAAAUGUAGAACUGAAAGGUUUUGUUACAGAUUCAGUGACUCUGAGUGAAAGUGAAGUGAGAAAAAACUUUGAAGUUGAAGUUUCCCACAGGGUUUUGGAUGAGGAAGUUGUGAGAACUGAAAAUGUUAAAUCUUUGGGUAUGGCCUCGUCUUCCACUGAAGAUGGAGGUAGUGUGACAAGGCCUCCAAAGACUGAUUCCCAGAUUCUGAUUCUCAACAAGGAGAUUGCCAUGUUGGAGCAAGUGUGUAAGGAACAUGAGAACAAAGUAACACAUUUGCAGAAUGAUAAUGAUGUACUAAAAGGUGAAGUCGAUCAUUUCAAAACUCAGUUAGCAGCAACAGAAGCAAACAUGGGUGACAUAGAACAUCAGAAUUGUAUCCUUGUGAAUCAACAAGAAGAAUCAUAUUUACGGUUACAAAGUCUUUCAUCAGAGCUACAUAUAGCCUGUGAUAAACUGAAGGACAGCAAGCACAAAUGUGAACAUGUAUCAAAACAGCUCUCAGAUUGUCUUGAGGAAAAUGCUUCUCUUGUGGUCAAAUUGAGUCAGUCUGGAGAAGAAGUGAAGCUAAUCCAAUCCAAACUGGAUGAAUCCGAACAGAAGCUUAAAGCCCUUGAAAUGGAAUCGAAACAGAUCAAGGCAGAACUUGAAGGCAAAUGUUUGGAGUAUGAGAACCAGUUGAGUGAGAUUCAAGAUACUAAGGUUGUGUCUGAAUCUUCAGCGUCAAGGGAGGAUGAUGCAGAGAUCCAGAGACUCCAGAAGGAGCUAGCCGAAGCAAAAGCUGGAUUGGAAGAAGUUAGUCUUGGUGCUGAAAAGAGUUCUGAAGCUUUACAGAAUCAGUGUGAUGGAUACGCAGCAGAGGCUGCCAAACUGCAAGCAGACCUAUCUCAGGCCAAUGAAGAGCUAUCUCAGGCCAAGAAAGAAUUUUCCAAGAGCCAGGAGAGGAUUGUGGCUUGUGAACAUGAGCUAAAGGAAUUGGCUGCAGAAAGAGAAUCAUUGCAGCAGGAGCUUACGACUACAAAUGUUGAAUUGUGUCAGGUUAGAGAUUUGUUAGAGAAAGAGCAAGAGCAGUCCCAGAUUUUGAAGUCUGAGAGAGAUGGACAUGACGAUGAAGUUUGUUCUUUAAAACAAAAAAUGGAUGAAACUAGAACAGAGCUACAGCAAGAAAAGGAAAAUUCAAUCAGUCUUCAAUGUGAAGUUUCCAGCUUGAAGAAGGGAAUGGAAGAUGCCGCGGAAGUUAUGGCAAGGAAUAAACAGGAAGUGACAUCAUUAAGAGACCAGUGUGAUUCACUGUCAGAAGUGAAUCGGAAAGAAUCUGAAACUCAGAGAGACAUUCUAUGUGAAGAAGUAGCCUCCACCACACAAAGACUCCACAGCGCCUCAUCUGAGAUUGGGAAAAUGAAUCUGAAAAUGCAACAUAAUGAUGAACUGACUAAACAGAAACUUCAAGAACUUGACGACAAAUGCAAAUCAUCUGAAGAUAUGAUGAAUACUCUCCAGACUGAGAAUGAACAUUUACAUGAGUUAGAGAAACAGGUUGUUGAGCUGAAGAAGAAACAAGAAUUAAUGGAAACUGACUUGGAUAAAAAGGAAUUGCAGAUAUCCAACCUAAGAGGGGAGGUGGAACAAAAGGCCGAGGAGUUGUGUUCUGUGAAGGAGGUGGCAGAGUCCACAGUGAGAGAUAAACUACAGAUAACACAGUUACAGGAACAACUUCAGAAGCAUCAAGUCGAGUUUGAGGAAUCAGCUCUGAAGCUUGCAUGUGCUCAAGACACUUCUGAAAAGGUAUCCUCUGAACUGAAUGACACAAAAGCUUUACUGUUGACCAGACAGAGUGAGUUGGAUCAAACUGUUGCUAAGCUGCAGGAGCUGACAUUUGGAGCUGAACAGAGCCAGGCUGAGCUGCAGUUGAAGUGUGCAAACCAAGCUGCAGAGAUUUCUAAACUUGGAUUAGAGAAGGAGAGAGUGAUGGAGGAGCUAGAGAAAGUUGUCGCCGAGGCUGAAACAACCAGAACUGCACUCGUGACAGAUGUUGAGAAGUUUAAGAUGGAAGCAGGAAGCAUUCAAAAUGAGCUUCAGCAAAUGAAAUUGGAACAUGGCAGUCGUCUUACUGAGGAGCGAAAUGUCAGAUCUGAAUUUAAGUCCCAACUUGAUGUUGCUUCAAGAGAAAGUAGCCAGCUGCAAACUGCUUUAGACAAUGCAAAUAGAGAAGUGGAAGAGACCAGGUGUGAGAUGCAGAAGUUGAGUUGUGAUUACCAGGUGCAGUUAGAACAAUAUGCAAGACAUGUUGAGGACCUCAAAAAUGAGAAUAGAGCAAGUAAGACCGAAUUUGAGCGUUUGCAAACAAAAUCCCAGUUUGAAGAGGAUAAUAAAAUGGAAUUGCAAAAUCUUGUUGAGCAUUCUGUGGCAGAAAUUAAGAAGCUGAAGGAUGAUAUGAAACUAAGUAAGCAAGAACUGGAGGAUGUUCAGGCCAAGAACCAAUCUUUGGAAGAGACACUAUUCAUUGAGCAGGCCGCAAGGGUAGAACUACAGUCUCAGUAUGAUAGCAUGUCGUCCGAGUUUGACAGAGUAAAUGCAAGUGAAAAGAAACUGAAGAAAGACUUUGUUAAUUAUGUACAAAGGAUUGAGUUGCUGAUUACCCUGACUAACCUGAAAACUGAUGACGUUCAACAUGUAGAUGUGUCAAGUAUUGGAACUGGUUUGGGUGUGUUGGAGGAAUCUUUGAACAGGAUGAAUCUUUACAUUGAAGAGCAGACUGCAAUCAAGGAAGGUUUGACAGAAAAGCUUACUUGUCUUGAAGCCAAUAGCACAGAAUUGAACAGGAGAAUGUCAUCCCUGUCAAGUUCAGAAGAAGCCUUGAAGUCAGUUGUGGAAGAUCUGAAGGAUAAACUGGAGAAGGCUGAGUUGCAGGGGUCAUUAGCACUGGCUGAGGUGAAGUCUUGCCAGCACAAGGUGGAAUCUCUUCAGGAGGAGAAAGAAAUACUGAAAGCUAACUUUGACUCUUGCAUGGAAGACAUGCAACAGAAACUGUCUGAACAGGAAAUGAGGACAAGAAAAUUUCAAGGAGAGAUGAUUGAGACUGCCAAAGAUAAAGACCGAGAUAGCAAUGAGACGAAGUUGAUGUAUGAGGCCCAUAUAUCACAAAUGGAAGAAAAACAGCUUGCUGUUGAGACUGAACUUGCUCGGGCAAAGAAAAUCAUCUCUGAAUCUACAGAGACUAAGAGCACUGUCCUGGAUACGUAUGAAAACAAAGUUUCUGAGAUGGAGGAAAGUAUUAACCGUUUGGAGUUUGAGAAAACAAGACUAACAGACCAGCUGUCCAAAUCCAGUGAAAACUUUCAACAAGAAAAGGAGGAGAUCAAGAGCAUUUUUGAGUCUCAGAUUACCGAGCUGGAAGAAAACUGCAAAGCACUGGAGUCUGCUAUGUUCAGACUGAAGGAUCAGUUGUCUGAUGCAGCUAAGGCUCAUGAACAAGAAAAACAAGACAUGGAAAAGACCUUUGACAUGCAGCUGUCAGAAUGGGAGGACAGAUGUAGAAUAUUCGAAAUGGAAAAUGGAAAGUUGAAGAGACAGAUGGAUGAAAUGGACAGAGAUUUCAAAUCUGAAAAAGAGGAAAUAGAAAGGAUGUAUGAAAGGCAACUUAUUGAAUUAGAGGACAGAUGUAGUCAGAGUGAACUCACAGCCAACACAUCAAAGCGAAAUAUGGCAGAUAUUUCGGUAGACUUUGAUGAUGUAAAAUUGACGUAUCAGAUAAAGGUUCAAGAACUGGAAGAAAGGUGUGAAGAGCUGGAGAAGAGCAGACUGGAUGUUCAAGAAAGACUUGAAUUAGUGAGCGAAAGUGCCCAACAAGAGAGGAAGAGUCUUCAGGGCUCGAUGUCGGCACAAAUCACUGACAUUCAGAAACAUUAUACAGUACUGGAAACGGAGUAUUCAGCAUUGAAGGAGGUUUUUGAACAGACUCAGACUAGUCACAAAGAAGAAGUAGAUCAGCUGAAGCUUGAUUAUCUGAGGAAGAUGGAAGUUUUGGAGGAAAAGUUGGAACAGUUUUCAGUUCAGGUGGUGCAAGAUAAUCUGCAAGUGGAAACAGCUUCCUCAGAAAAGAAAGAAAUUCAGAGCCUAAGAACAAACACUGAAGCAUACAGAUUCGAGAUCGACAGACUGACAAAGGAGAAGGAGGAUAUUCAGUCAGAUCUAGAACAUGAAAGAGAACACUUGAAAGACGUUACUCAGAAACUUGAUGAUUUGAAAACCAUUCACCAACAAGAGGUUGAUAAUUACAGAAUGCAGAUUGAAAGUAUGGCUUCAGGGGAAGAGUCAGAUGUGGUUAAGGAGACUAUGGAUAGAAUGAGAUCAGAAAUAGAGAAACUGACAUUGGAAGUUACGUCUUCAAAACAGGACUUGAAAAAGGAAAAGCAAAAACUGAAAGCAGCCAAACUUGCAUCUGAGAAGAGCAAGAAGGAAGCUCAAAUCCUGAAGACAUCAUCGGAGCAGGAGAUUCAGUCUCUGAAGCUACGACUGGAGUCCUGGGAAGUCGAGCUCAUCCAGAGGAGGAAGUUUGUGGAACAGGACCAAACUGUGGUGGACAGCGAGGGAGCAGUGGCUGAUUCAGGUUCAAAGAGACAAGCAGAGCUUGAGAUACUGGUGAAGAAUUAUGAAAGAAAGGUUGAUGAUCUCACACGCAAACUUGACCAGCAUCAGAAUGACCCAAGGCAAAUGAAUUUUGUUCCAGCUGAUCAUAAUGGAUCAAGUGAACCACCUGAAGGUUUUGCUGCAAUAAAAGAGCCACCAUUCACAGAUGCCUUUGAACCUGAGCCUUUAACACCAGAUGUAUUACAAAGUCAACCAAGAUUUCAUUCAGAUAGAGGUCACAUUUCUAAGGAAACAGUUGUGCCAAUAAUGCAAGGAUUCCAGCCAGAAGUUGAAGGUCAUGAUGAAGGUUUUGUUCCUGAGGCUGGUCAUCCAUUGAGUCACAACUUAACAUUAAAUAGGACAAAGGAAGAGAAAGCCAAUGUUCAAACUGAGUCACAUUCUGCCCAACCCAACGAUAGCCUCACUAGUGGGGAUGGCUUCCUGCCAGAGGUGGAUGAUUCCAAAACUGACACAUUCCAACCUGAAGCUGCAGGUGAAUUCAAACCAGAUCGCAUACAAUCUCAAAGCCACCUGACUUUGAGCACCAUUCCUCAGCUGUCUCCCAUUACAGCUGGCUCACAGUUAUCUCCCCCUACAGCUGGCACACAAUUAUCUCCCCUUACAACUUGCACACAGUUGUCUACAACUGGAACACAAACUGAGGUCUCUGAUGUACAAUCACCCAAUACUGUAGAGCCUGAGACACAGGGACCAACAUUAACAUCUCCCGCCAAUGAUUCAACCAUGCCUGAAGAUCUCCAGCUUUUGAAGAGGCAGCAUGACCAUGAAAAGGGUCUUAUAGAAGAAGAGUAUAUGAGGAAAAUGAAGAGUCUUGAGGUGGAGCUCCAACACAAGCACCAGACUGCCAUGGAGGAGUACCAAAAGUCUGUUGAUCAUAAGAUGCAGCAGGACUUGUCAAUUAGGACACGGAAGAAACAUCAGGAAUUCAUAAUGGAAUUGAGGAAAGCAAGGAAAAACCUGGAGGCCAAACACAAGGCUGAAGUGGAGAAGGUGAAACAAGAGAUGUCCUCCAGACUUGAGGCAGCAGUUGUGGAGCAGUCCGAGUCCGAGCUUCUCAAGCAGCUCCACAAGGAGAACCAGGACCUUGCUGAGGCAAGAGAUGCUUUGCUGCAAGAGAUCUCACAGAACCAGCAGAUUCAAGAGGAGCAGGAGUCCUUGGAAUCAAAGCCAGAACAAAAAACCUCCUCGCCUAAAGCUGAUCAUUCAACUGAUGACUCCCAGAGAGACAGCUCUGAUCGGCAUCAAUCAGACAAAUUCCUUGAAGAGCUGGAGAGUUUGUCUCUGAGAUCUGGGAGUGAACUGCCCCUGGAGUGGGAAAUAGCCAUGUCCAGUGAUGAUGGAGUGUUUGACAGAGAACUUGAUGGAGAUGGAUACUGUGCCAGACAUGAGUGCCUUGAGAUGAAGCAAAAAUAUCAGAGACUCUUUGAAUUGUACCAGCGGGCUCAGGGUGAUAGUGAGAGUGUUUUCAUUGUUGAACAAAGUCCAGAAAGAAACCCAAGCUCAAACCUUGGAAGGAGAAGCAGAGUCAACAGUAGUGAACAAGGAAGUGAGACCACAGGGUCUAGCUAUCCUAGGCAUGAGGGUGUGGACACAUCACAAGAAGUCAGUGAGGGGGAGUUUGAGGAUAGCUUCAAGGAUCGGAUUCAGAAACUGGAAGCAGAGAAUAUUGCUUUAGAGAAGAAGCUGUGUGACCAGCUUGAGAUGUUCAGUGUGGAGAAACAUCAAUUGGAGAAGAGAUGCGAACAUCUUCAGGUAAAUUUGAAUAACACAGCCUUUUCUCGUCAGGAAGUUGAGGACAAACUAGUGCAACAGAAUGAAAUACUCCAGAGCUCUCUGUCUCAGCUUAGGACUGAGUUCAAGUCAAGUGUUGAUGAAGAAAUAGUUGAGGAAGUUGUUGAUCAAUCAUCUUGUGCCUUCGGGACAGCUUCUGUUCAAACACAGACUGAAGUUAGUGGAGACGCUUUAGUGACGAUAAUGAAUGAACAGACUGAGGCCCAUCAGAGAUCCUUUGUUAGGGGAAAUGACUUGGCUGAUGAGAUACUGGAAGAGACUUUGUCAGCAAGGAAGGAAGAUGAGAGUGGGGACCCAGAUGCAAGAAUGAGCACACCAAAGAGUGAGAAGAAAAAUGUACGAACUGAGCUCAGCUUCACAGACAGUGAAGCAGGAGUAUCUCAGUCUCAGAUUACUUCUGUAUCCUCGCCGGAAGACAGUCUCCUUCUGCCAAGUGUAGAUCACAUGGAAAGAAUGAUUUUCUCAGAUUCCAGGAAAUCAUUAAGUCCGACCAGCAGGGUUAGGAAGAAGAAAGAGUCCCCUAUUGAAAUCUCAUUCAACACUACCUCAAUUGUCUCGAUGAAAAGUACAGAAGGAGGGGUGUCUGUAAACCAGGAACAGGUAGAAAUUACAGGGACUGUGAACUCUGCUGGAACUAUUGUACCAGAGGAUUACGCUAAAGUGGCACUGGAAAUUCAUCAUACUGAACUGGUUGAAGAGAUCUCAAGAUUGAGACGAGAUCUCCAUGAAACUAAGGCCAUGUAUGCUCGGGAGCUUGCCUUGCUUCAGGAGCAGCUUGAGAGGGAGAAGUUAGCUCGACUGUUGUGGCUGGAAAAGAAAGUUCCAGAUGACCAGCUCAUUAAAGAGCUGCCUCUACAGACUGAUGUGAUAGAACUACGCAAAGAAGUGGCUUUGCUUAAGGAGAAUAAUAAGAUGAUUAUGAAUGACAACAAGCAUCUGAUGGAGCAGGUGAGAGAGAAGGAGUGUGCCCUGUUGCAUUUCCGGGAUAAGUAUGAUCUGCAGUCAGUGGAGCUAGAGGAGUUUAGUCAUGGAUCUGACACCCAGCUGCUAAUGAUGCAGAAGCAGAGAGAUGAGUUGUUGGAGGAGCUGAAGGACUUUCAUUCCGAACAUGAGAGACUCUUGUCAGUCCUGGAUGCUCGAACUGUCAUGGAGGAGACCCUGAGACAAGAGAAGGAGAUGCUGCUUGAGAAACUCGUCCAGCAUGAAGAUGUUCAAAACAUCUCCACGCAGAAACACUCAGAGCUUGAGUUUGUUCGGGGAGAGCAGAGGAGACUUGAACAGCUUUUGUUGCUGAAGGAUGAGAAUGAGCAGCAGCUGCAGAAACAAAAACGUGUCCUGGAGGAGGAGUUGUACGAUAUUGAAGGCAGACUGAGAGAAAGGGAAGCAUUCCUGGAAGAAGAGAAGCUCAGGUUGCUCAGAGAGGUGAAAGAAAAGAGCCUGACCAUCUUGAAGCUUGAGACGAUGACUGGAGGAUCCAAAGAAGGUCCCAGUAGACAGGGUGCUCGACGAGCCUCCACUGGACAUGUGCCCAGUAGUACCAGGCCAGGUGUGAGGGAAGGUCCGACAACAGUGGACACUCCCUAUGAUGAGGCGAUUGAGAUUCUGAGAGAGAAGCUGAAGGUGGAGUAUGAAGUCAAGGAGGCCGUGAUUCAAGAACAACAUGCUGGACAAACAGCAGCGUUCUGGCAGCAACAGAACAAGAAGCUGGAGUCACUACGGGUCCAGCAUGAAUCUCAGAUGGCGGCUUUACAAGGUGAACUGGAUGCAGAGCGGGACCGCAACUCCCAGCAACACUUGCAGCUACAGGAACAACACCAACAGAGUGUUGCCCGGUUGCGAGAAGAGUUGGCGGAGGAGAAGGCGGUCUUGUUGGAUACCGUGUUGACACAGAUCUCCGAGCUCACUCACCAACAGAUCCAACAGGCCAAACACGAGAACCGGGAUGAAGUGGAGCUGCAGGUGAAAGGGAUGAAGGUGGCAAUGGAGCAGAUCCACACGAGUCAGCUGAACCUGGUUCGGUCAAAGCUGGAGGCGGAGCACGCUGCCCACAUUGCCCAUCUACAUCAAACACUUACCAAAGAUCGACUGACCAGUCACUCAGAGACGGCCCCAGGUGCUAUGUCAGGGUUGGGGCCAGUGGAUGAGAGACUCACUCACAGAUAUGAACAGCUGCUUCAGAGGAUCAACGAGCAGUUGGAACUGCAGGUACUCCGUGACCUUGAGGACACGCCCCCUGGUGGUGACCCAAGUGACCUUAGCAUCCCCAGCACUUCAGAAGCAAUCCGAAACCUUCUUGAGAGUCAGCGAGAAGAGAUCUCACAGCUGAGGAGUCAGAUGUUGUCAGAGUAUGAGACGAUGUUGCAGUCACGGACACAAGGUGUCACAUCACAGUCAGAGCAGGUGGCGUUGUUGCAGCGUGAGAUGGAGACGCUGCAGGCACAGUAUGAAGACCAAGUCCGAACAUUCCAGGAGAAACUAGCACUGACUACAGAGGCCGACAAGGAAAAGAUUCGAACUCAAGAAGAACAAACCAAAGAGCUUGAAAACUUGCGGAUGUAUUAUGAGAAACAUGUGCAAGAUAUAGAGAAAACAUACUCCGAUGAAAUCACUGAUUUGAGGACUAAGUAUGAAAUGCAGCUCAGCAAUAUGUUAGCCAGCACUGAUAGAGAUUCUGAAAACUUGUCCGAUUCAAGAGAGUUUGAGAAACUUGCUAAAGAGCGAGCGUACGUGCAGCGUACAACCAUGUUGACUGUCAUUACUGAUAGCGAUGAGUCGUCUGCUACUGAAUCACCUCGUGGGUCCACGAAGUCUGAUUCAAGACUCUCAGAUCUGGAGAGACUGGUUCAAGAACGGGAUGUCAAGAUCAGUGACUUAGAAAAAUUGCUUGAGGAGGAGAAAAUAAGAUCAAGAGAUUCAGCUGAGGAAGUGAAACUUUUGAAAGAUCAGUUAAAUGAACAAGAAAAGAGAAUUAGUGAUUUGAAUUCUGAGCUUUCAGAAAAAGUGAAUACGGUUUUGGAGCUUCAGAGUGUUGUGUCUGAUAAAGAGAAGACUGUGUUGGAGCUUCAGCGUGUUGUGUCUGAUAAAGAGAAGACUGUGUUGGAGCUUCAGCGUGUUGUGUCUGAUCGAGAGAAGGAUGUUGAGGACAUCAAGACUGUUGUUUCCGACAAGGAGAAAGUUAUCGAGGAUCUGGAGGUUGUUGUUGCAGAAAAGGAGAAAAUGCUUCAAAACAUUGAGGAUGAAAAGGAGAAGUAUUUGAAUGAGUUGCAAGAGAAGGAUAUCAGGAGUGAUGACUCCAGUAGUGUGGAUUACUCCCAGGACAAGCACGAGCUCAUCACCAGGCUGGAGGAGCUGGAACACUCACACAAACAGGAGCUGGAGUCACUUCGACAUGACCUUGAACACGACAACAAAGUGGAAAUUGAAACUCUACAGUCAGAGUUCAAAGUUCAGCUUGAAAUUGAACUUAAACGGCAAGCUGCGGAAUUACAAACAAUACACGAAGAAAACAUGAAGAACUUGGAAUUUAAUCAACAAGUGAGUGAUGAUAUAGUGUCAAGGGAGGUAACUACUGUUGAGGCAAUGGUUCAGCAGACGACCCCAGUGGAGACAUGUGAAAGUGAUUUGAGUUCCUCGGAAGGUAUAUCAAGUGCCGCCACAACUGUUACUGUGGAUGUUGCUGAGGAUGUUGUUGAUGCUGUUCCUGAUGUGAGUGAAGCUACAGCUGAUGUUAAGGUACAGCUUGAAUCAAGGAUUAGAUCUUUGGAGGCGGAGUUAGAUAAAUUACGAUCUGAGCGAGAUGAACUUUCCAAGAAGCAUCAUCAGGACAUGGAGAAUCUACAGUCACAGUUGGACGAGGAAAGGGAAAGAAAUGACAAACUUGUUUCCGAUAUGGAUGACGAGGAGCUGCUGAAGGAGAAGUACGACCAGCAGCUCGAGCUGUCCAAGCAGCUGAUGCAGCAGGAGUUCACCGAGACGCUGGAGUCAGAGAGGACGCGGUUCAUGGAGCGUCACCGUAAGAUGAUGGACAACUUCAUGGCUGACCGGACCCAGGAGGCCGAGGAGCUGAAAGCCAAACAGGAGGCGGAACUUCAGCAGCUGAAGGACCACCUCAUCUCACAAAGGGAUGCUGAAGUUGAUCAGCUCAAAGAACAACAUGCUGAAGAACUGGAGAAAGCCACACGGUUAAACACAGAAUCUGAUACUAAGAAUGGUGAUGAUGAGAGGAAGACACAAGAUGGAGAGAAGGAUGAAACUGAUGGAGAGACGGAGGGACACACUGAGCUGAUAGAGAGACACAAACAAGAGCUGGAGGAAGUGGAAAAUCAAUGGAAGAAGAAACUUGAAGAGCUGAAGGCUGCCCAUGAGGAUGAGCUGUCUGCUGCUGCCCUGGACACAGAAGCGGUCAAGGCUGAGUUGGAGACUGCCCACCAAAGGGAGCUGCAAGACCGGGAGACACGUCUGUCUGAGUCACACCAGGCUGAGUUAGAAAAGCUCCAACGCCAGAUUGACGAGCUGGUCAGACAACAGACUGACCAGAGCUCUGUCCAGCGCCAGGAAUCCCUUGACCAGGACGACCAGAGUGAGAGACUGAGGGAGGCCAUGAGAGAAGUAUCAGAGGUAGUCCUACCUGCUCAGACAACGCCACUUCUGAGUGCGACAGAUCUUGACUCAACCGUGGAGAGUGAGGUGUCUGGUGCUGAGGGGGACUUCUUGAUGAAGAGCACCCCCAGGGACCCAGCUUCCGAGGUGAGCAGGGGCAGCACCCCAGACGAGAUGCUGGCCACGCGGUCUUUUGCUGAAGUUGUGCGGGGGAUUCCCCCGAUUGUGUCAGUGGAAGAGAUGAGGGAAAAAGAGGAAAAGAUCCUUCAGCUGGAGGAGGAGGUGAGAGAGUUGCGGUCGCGACUGGAGACUGCAGAGACUGAGGAGCAGACACUGACUGGGAGGAGAGCUCGGGAGGCGGAGGAGGAAGGCAACUUGGUCAUGAUGCUCCGGGGCGACCUGGACAGGAUUAGUGCAGAAAGGGAUGCAGUACAAAAUGCCAAUGACCGUCUGCUCCAAGUACUGACAGAUUCUGUCAAGAAUUAUGUGUCAGUUGAAGACAUCAUUAACAAGAAACUGACACGACUGGUCAACCAGUCAGGAACGAGGUCAAGGCCAUCCAGUGGAACACCUCGGGAAGACAGACGGGGCUCCGAUGCUGAUGUGCAUAGAGAAAGUCGAGGACAUGAAUUUGGAGCAAGAGCUCCGUCACCUAGAGGUGACAGAGCCGACACGAGCCAGGACAGCACCGCUCUGGAGGAAACGAGCAUCCUGUCCAGCAACACCGACGAGGGGCUGGACCUGUCCCAGAGACUCACGGAGAGCAUCUUCACAGGCCCGGACCUUGAUGCGGAGGGAGAGGAGAUUCUAUCAGAUGCCCGUGGCAGGUUGCAGACCUCGGUUCACAACCUGCUGGAGAUGAUCGAGAAAACAACACAGCAGUUGAUGGAGGCCAAGCAUACCCAGCAGGAGCUGGUGGACACACUGGCCACUCGCAGCACCGAGGCCGAGGUCCUGCAGGCUCGCUGCACCGACAUUGAUGACCGGCUGCGAGAGGAGGUCGCCGCCAAGGAGUACCUGUCCCUGGAGCUACACAAGGCAGAAGGGUUGAUAUCAGGAUAUGCCACGGAGAGGGACGCGCUGGAGCAGAGGCUGGAGUCUCUGGAGGAACAACGGCAAGGACUUGCCCUUGACCUUGAGACCACACGUAACAAGCUGCAGGAGUUCCAGAACUCCCACCACGAGAUCCAGUCCCGACAGGCGUCUGUUGAUCGACAGGAACAGAUCCUACGAGAAAACGUCGGCCAGGAGACUCAAGCGACAGUCUCGAUGCCCACCGAGUUGUCCGACACUCCAACAGCCCUGCUUCUGGAGGUGACCAGUCUGACCGUGCAGAGGCAGGAGCUGGAGAAACAGACCAGGCACCAGUUUGACCUGAGCCAGUCGCGGAUCCAACAGCUGGAGCUUAGUCUGGAGGAGAUGGAGCGGAUCCAUGAACAAGACAUGGAGCUCAAGCGGGAAGAGAUUGAGGACCUCCGCCUCCAGCUGGACAGUGUGGAGAGACAGCUGAAGGCCUCCAAACAGUUCCUGGCUGAACAGUCUGGGGAGCGGGAACAGGAGCGCGAGGAGUACCAGCGCGAGGUGGAGCGGCUCCAGGACAUGCUGCAGGACCACGACAAGAAGAAGAGUGCCCAGGGCAGGCUGCGUAGGGAGGUGCAGGACUUGUCUGAGCAGCUUCAGGACCGUCUGGCUGUGGAAGGGGAGCUAGAUGAGCAGACGCGCAGAUUACGUCUGGUUCUUCAGGACAAGGAGCUGACAGCCUCUGAACUGAAGGAGUGGGUGACCCAGCUUGAGAAGGAGGUGGAUGAGAGAGCUGCCUUGGAGCAUGAGCUGAAGCAGAAAAUUGUGAGACUGGAGAACCAGUUGUCGUUGCGGACGGUGACAGAUGAAACGUCCGACAGCUCACUCAACUCAACCGCCGAGCAGCCUCUCCCUAAACCUGCCGUGAUGUCUCCGGACCGGCGCAGUCCACUCAGGAGACAGAUCACCCUGGAGGAAGAACUGGAGAAGUCGAAGAAGACUCAAGAGGAACUUGUCCUGGAGAAGGAUGUCCUCCAGCAGCAGGUGAGCCAGCAGCUCCUGCAGAUCUCGGCGCUCAGGAACCAGCUGGACGACAUGCGACACUACGGAGGAGAGGCACCCACGGCAUCGCACACGUCACAGUUGAGGGAGAGGCUGGCGGUGGAGAGAGAGUCACUGGAGAUGAAGGAGGAGGAGGUGAGCAGCCUUCAAGAGCAGAAGGAUGGACUGAAGCAGAAGCUACAGGAGAAGGAGACAGAAGUCCAGCGACUCCGGGCUGAGCUUGACGAGAGCACCCCACACCCCACUGCAGACCCAGCAACCAAGGCCAGGGAGGAGAAUGCUCAUCUCAAGGCGGAGGUGGAGAAGCUCCUUGGCCACCAGGAGGAUUCAGUCGAGAUUGGACUGCCACGUUUGGCACAAGACCUACUGGACGAGAAGAACCGGGAGAUCGAUGACUUAUCGGAGCAGAUCGGUCAGCUUCAGAUGGCGCUGGAGGCGACCUCCAUUAUUGAUGACAGUGUCCGAGAGAAUGAUGAAAUGGAACUACUUCGAGAAGAGUUACGCCAGAAGUAUGACACAAUUGCCGAGUUGCAGGAGAGACUGUCAUCAGCCAACCGAGGCAGUCAGUUCUUCGGAGACGUGUCCCUGACAGAUGCGGACAGAAGUCUACUGGAGUCGUCCUUCACGGAGAAGACCAACUUCCAGCAGGAAUUAGAGGAAACCAUAGCUCAGAAAGAGGAUGAAAUGUCCGAUCUGAGGAAGGAACUUGAAACUUCACAGUUAGCUCUCACAGAAAUUGAAGCAGAGAAAAUCAGUUUGAAGAGUGAAAUGGAGGAAAAAGUGAAGAAGCUUGAGAAAGAACUGGAAUCAGCUCAGACAGCUCUGAUGGAUUCCCAUGGGAACCAGGACAAGAGUCCUGAGGACCAAGUAGAGGAGUCUCAGGAGAAGGACCAGGUGGAGAUUCUCCAGAGGGAACUGAAACAAGCCCACCUUGCUCUCAAGGAGGCUCAGGACCAACUUACAGCCCAUGCACAGAUUGAUGAGCUGCAGACAGAACUGCAGAAGGCGCAGGAGGCUUUGGAACACAUUAGUGCUCAGAAUAGUGAACUCCUGAAAGACUUGAAGGAAUCAAAGGAGGCUUUGAGGGAAGCUGAAGAAAAAAUAACAGACAAGGGUGAUGUUGAUGAACUGAGGAAAGAACUUAAAGAGGCCCACAUUUCAUUAAAAGCAGCUGAAGAGAAGCUUGCAACUCAGGACAUUGAACUUCAACAGACAGUUGAGGAAAGUCAGCAAUCUCUGAAAGAUGCUCUGGACAAGGUACAUGCUGAGCACAGUGAGAAGAUAUCUGUGCUUCAGAAAGAGCUGGAAGAAACCAGAGUUUCUUUGCAAGAAGCUGUAGAAAAGAUUGUUGCUCAGGACAGAGAACAUGAACAGAAGCUUGAGGAGGUUCAGCAAGCUUUGAAUGAUGCUAAUGAGAAGUUACAGCUGAAACCAGACACUGAUCAGCAGACACAAAUGGAGGAAGCUCCCAAAGCUCAGGAGGAGGUUCCAGAACCCUUGAUAGAGGCAGAACCUAACCUUAAAAGUGACAAGAACAGUGAAGAAUUGCAGAGACAGCUUGAGGAAGUUCAGGCUGCCCUGAUAGAGGCAAAUGAAGCGAGGGAGACCCUGGCAGCUCAUCUCAGUGAGCUGGAGUCAGAGCUGCUCCACCUUCAAGAGGAACGGGAUCACAAGCAGCUUGCUCUGGAGCAGGUGAACGUCCAAGUGGAUGCAUUCCAGGAUGAGAUCAAGUCCCUUAGCGGCUUCCAGACUGAGCUACAGAAGGACUUCGACACUGUUCAGUCCAUGCUGGAAGAGAAGGAGAGAGAGAUCGAGACACUCACACGAGAGCUGACUGAGUCUCACGUACCACCAGAGGGAGCCACCUCUGAUUUACAGGAUAAAUAUGAGGCUGAGCUUGUGAGUCUCAGGAAGACAAUCCAGGCAAAGGUGAACAUCAUCGAGGAGAAGGAGGAGGAGCUGUAUGUCCUGAACGAGAAACUUGAGUUACAGGAUACCCUGGGUGCUGAGCUGUCCACAGUUCGUCAACAGCUAGCUGACAGUGAAGUAACUCUUGAUGAAGUGCGGCUUGCCAAACAGAACUUAGAGGAAGAGUUCAGACUUCUUCAACAGAAGCUAGAGAGUCAGUCUGCAGAAUUCAGCCAUGAAGAUGAUCAGGAGAAGGAGUCUAGCUCGGUCAGCAUUAGUCAGCUCCAGGAAGAACUCUCCCAGAAAGAAGAGAAGCUGGACAAUGUUCGAGCUGAAGUGGAGGAGCUGAAAGAAAGACUGAGCGAGCAGCAGAAGGAGCUGAAUGAUGCUCGGGGCAAACUCCAGGAGAAAGAGGACUGGAUUGAGGAGCAGCAAGCAGGUCGGGAGGAAGCUGGACAGGUGGAGAGACUUCAGAGUAGGAUUGCUGAGUUGGAGGAGGAGAAGAAGAGCAUUGAAGAAGGACAAGUUCAAGAACUGAGACUGAAGGUUGAAGACCUUGAGUCAAGACUGAGAGGGAGAGAUGCUUCUGGGAUUGAUGGUGGUGAGGCUGUGGAAGAAGAUGCAAUUGUUGUUACUCUUGCUGAUGAUGUUGAAGGUGUCCCUUCUGAAAGAGAUUGCAGCAUUGAAGGUGAUGUGGACAGUGCCAAUGAAACCAGGUAUAUUGUGGAAGAGUUGAAUAUGAAGAUAAGUGAACUUGAAGAAUCUCUACAAGAGAAAGAACAAUUGUUGGCGAGUUUGAGUCUAGAGAAUUCUGAAGCUACUCCAGCGAAGUCAGAUCUCAGGAAACAGUUGAGUGAGAAGACAGAACUCUAUGACCAACUUCUUACUGAUAAGAUCAUGCUGGAACAGACUGUCAUAGAUCUAGAAACAAAGCUGGAAGAAAAGCAAGAAUAUUUGGAAAAUUUGGAUUAUGAUAAAAAUGAACUAUCAGAGAAGGAAGAACUCAUUGCAAAACUGAAACAAGAACUCAAAGAUAAGGAAACAGACACAAGUUCAAGACAGAUUGAUUCAGAGGAAAGUGGACAAUUGAGAGACCUUCAGAAGGAGAUUGAGGAAAAGGAACAGAGGAUGACAGAACUGGAAUCUCAGUGUACAGAACUGAAGCAGCAGCUGGAGACAGAAGGUCUGACCAUCCUACAGCAGCAGAUCCAGGUGAAGGACCUGAGGAUUGAAGAGCUGGAGGCCAAGUACGAGGACCUGAAACAACAGAUGAGGGAGGAGGCUGGGAAGUUAGAGGAGGAGAUCCUCAAGAUCCACCAGAUCCAGGAGAGUCAGCCGGACAUGGGAGUCCUUGCCGAGACUCAGCAGAAGGUGAGGGAGAUCUCUGCUGAGUUGGACAAGAACAAGGAGAAGCUCCUGGCUGCAGAGACGAGUUUGGAGCAGACACUGGUGCAGCUGGCCGAGAGAGACGAACAACUCAAGGCUCUCUUUGAUAAGGGACAGCCUCGGCAUGACACCAGCAGCCAGUCACAAGAGGAAGUGAACCGAGCCCUAGAGGACACGCAACAGGAAGUGUAUGAACUCUCGCUAGAGUUACGUGAAAAAGACGAGGAUCUCGAGCGUCUUUCCACGGCUCUAACAGCAACAGAAGAGGAGCUGGAGGUCAAGUCAUCUCAGCUUCGGACUGUUGAAUCAGAACAUGAGAAGGCACUGAAGGACUUGCGCGAGACAGAGGAGAAGCUGAAGCAGACGUCAUUUGAACUGACCAAUACACAGCGAGAUCAGCUGUCAAGCUCUCUGCCAUUGGACUUGGAUGAGGAUCAUCAGUUGAUGACUCGAUCGGAGUCGGAACCGGCAUUGAAUAACUGGAGACGGGAAAGUCAUCUAUUCAGGUCACGUUUACAUGAGGUGGAGAGUCUUGUGCGACAACAGAAGCAGGAACUCAGCUCCAAGAACAAGGAGUUGUCGGUGGUUCGUAGACAGCUGGAGCAAUGGUUGUCCCAGGACCGAGGGGAGGGAGACGUGAAAACACUGAUAACAUCACUGCAGCAAGAGAUUCAGGAACGUGAUAAGAAGAACCAACUGCUGCAAGCUGAAAUCGAUGAAUUAAAUGAAACUCUCCUUCUAAGGGAUACUGAGAUUCAUGCCGUCCGUGCUUCCGAGUCUCAGCGGUAUUCCAGUGCAAGGGAGGCAACUCCUCCUGAAAGUGAGCAACAAAUACGUCAUCUGAGACACGAACUACGGAAAGCCAAAUCGGCACUUGCAGAAAUUCAUCACAGCGGUGACUUCCUUGACCGAACACCAGAGGGCAGUGCUACAGAGGAUGACCAAUCACCUCUGAGACUUGGGGAAGAUGCUCGUAAUCUUCGGCGGGAGGUAGCCCAACUGAAAGAAGAGCUUGAACUAUUUAAGACAACGGCUUCUAUGUCAUCAAGAGAUUUUGUUAAAAAAGUGAUGGAGCUGAGAGAGGAGCUGUCCGAGGAACACAAGAACCACAUCCGGGACGUCCAGGAGCGACUCAAGAUGGACGCCGAGUCGCAGCUCACCACGCUGCAGCUCCGACACGAGGAUGAGAUCAAGCAGCUCCGCCAGCUCCAUGACCGCAAGAUGCAGGCCGUCCUCGCAGAGCAGAGGCAGGACCUGGAGAAACAACACAAGACGGAGAUCAACAGGCUGAUAGCUGAACACAAGCAGGAGAUGGAUCUGGUUCGAGAUGAGGGCAUUGUGCGAGAAGAUGCGUCCGUGACUGAACUGAGGCAGAGUCUGAUCUCUGACAUCCAGCAGACGGAACUGAUGGACAACCGUCUCAUGGAGCAGCUGGACGGACCGGGUGGAGAAGACUCGGAUACUACCAGCAUCACCGACACCGCCAGCAUCGACGCAGCUCCACCUGGUGCUAUAUCCACUAAACUACAGGUCCUGUUGAGCAGGCUACACAAAAAGGGUGUCCAUGUGCUGACUCUGUCCGAACUCCAGUUCCUUCAGCGACACAUGUCACAUGACCAUCUGAGGGGUGACAUUGAUAUUGAUGCCGUACGACAAGCCUGGGAAAGAGAACGUGAGACGUUGUUAGCCACCGUCAACUCCUUGAAGGACCUCCUGGCCAGGGUGCACAAAGUCAACAAUGUUGACAGGUGUGAGGGUGAUGAAGACUGGCGAGGGGACCUGCUGGCAGCAGUGUGUGGACUGUUUGACAAGGAGCGUGAGGCGGUGCUGGCUGAACUGCGGACAUAUGUGGUCACCCACGCCCCCGACGCCGACCCCAGCACCAGGAGACUCGAGCAGAGAAUCUCUGAUCAGGAGGCUCUCCAUCGGUCAGCGCUUGACCAGCUUCACCACUCUGACCGGCAGUCCAUGCUGUCGGAGAUCGAGGCCCUGCGUAAGAAGGCGAGUGAGACUCGGCAGCGGACAGACACGCAGCAGCAGGAGUACAACGCCACCAUCUCCUCCCUGGAGGACCAGAGUGCCAAGAGGGAGCGGCAACAGCAGCGACAGAUCCAAGUCCUGGAGUAUAAGCUGCAGCAAGAGAAGGUGAUCCAGGACGACCUGAAGACCAGUCUGGACCUGGAGAGGCAGCGGGUCCGGGAGGUGUCCACGGAGCUGUCCCGGGAGAAGAACACCAGUCUGGAGAUUCAGGGGGAACUGUCCACCGUACAGAUUCAGCUGUCUAAAGCCAGAGACGCUCUGGAGCGGGAACACAACCGAUUCAUCUCUGUCACAGAUGCUCUGGAAGAGGAGAGGACAAAGAACAGUCGUCUGUCGGAACUCCUGGAAUCUGAGAGGAGGAAGUGUGUGCUGCUGAACUCUCAGGUCACCGACCUCCGCUCACACAACAAGGACUACCUGGAGAAGGAGAGCCGAUUUGUGGAGCAACUGCGUAUCGAACUGGAAGCGGGAGAGAGAGAAACGCGUUGAGUGUUCCCGACAGACGGAACAGGAGCGUUCCGCCAAACAUGCUGCACAGCAGGAGCUGGAGGGAGAACGCCGGAAGAUACGUUCUGUGCAGACCGACU